AUGGAACAGGGCAAGCUGGUUGAAAGUUCCUUCCAGUUCCUUGGAUCAGGAAUCGAGGCUGAAUUCGCUGUGCUGGAAGCUGUGCUAGAGCCGGCAACGCGAGUCAAUGCCGGACUCCCGCCGCGCGUCCGGUCAAAGAAGCUCUCGGGCUUCGAACCCUCCUGCCAAUACGAGUUCUAA